GGUAACAGGCAAGCUGCAGCUGCUGUGCAUGCUGAAGCCUGAACAUCACUUCUCUUACGCUUUAUCUGCAUGCAAUAUUUUAUUAUUAUUAAUUUUUUACCAUAGAAUUAGAAUAACCUUGUCGUAAUGUCUUGUUAGACUUCAAAGUAGUAACCGGACUUCAGUUUUACACAUGUUUCUUCAUUCUACGGAGAACGGCUCACCCGUCUUUACUAAAUGGCUGUGAGCGUCAAUGUGUUACUAAUCAUGAAUAAAGUGUAAAAUUAUAUGUCUUAUACAAUUUAUUUUAUUUAAAAGACCCUUUAAACAACAUUAUAAUUUAAAUUAAAAUGGCCGAAAAAAAGGAAGACAAUGUUGAACCCACCAUGAUUCCAUACGAAAAAACGAUACUUAAUACUAUAACUAAGAACACUAAGGAAGCUAAGCAUCCUGAUAUUAGCGAUUUCAAUGUAAUUAAACCAAUUAGCAAAGGAGCGUUUGGAAAGGUAUAUUUGGGUCAUAAAAAGAAGAAUUUAGAUCAAAUGUACGCCAUUAAAGUGAUGAAAAAAACAGACAUGAUUAAUAAAAAUAUGAUUACUCAAGUUGUGAAUGAACGAAAUGCAUUGGCCCUAGCAAAUAGUCCGUUUUGUGUUAAACUAUUUUACUCAUUACAGACUUCAAGUUGUAUUUAUCUGGUUAUGGAAUAUAUGGUUGGUGGAGAUGUCAAGUCAUUGUUGAGUGUUAUGGGAUACUUUACUGAAGAUGUAGCUACAUUUUAUGCUGCUGAAGUUGCAUUAGCAUUAGAAUAUCUUCAUAGUCAUGGAAUUGUGCAUAGAGAUUUGAAACCCGAUAAUAUGUUAAUAUCUGGACAAGGACAUAUAAAACUAACAGAUUUUGGUUUAAGUCGGAUUACAAUUCAUCGUGAUUUAGAAAUAACAGAUUUAGUAAACAGUUCACCAAAUGUACCUACUAGAACACCUGGACAGUUGCUCUCUUUGACAUCUCAUUUUUCAUUUGGUUCAAAUGAGAAAACACAUUUCAGUAGUAAUAGUAGUAGUAUAAGAUUUAACAUGGAUUUGGAUGAAGAUGAUUAUAACAGUAGUCAUGUUUCUGGAAUCGUCCCAUUUCAAUCGGCUAAUAAUACAUUAGAAGGUACUACGUUCUUUACAUGUCAAAACUGUAGUAACGUAGAUUGUGACUGUAGUAAAAUACAAGAUAAAGUUAAACUUCAUGACACUCCUUGUUCAACUAACAAUUUGAGUAAAAGGUUUAAGUCUUCGGGUACAGAUUCACUUAGAAGGUACAGACGAAGGAUAUUACCCCUUCGAGAUUUAGAAAACAACACAAUAAAUAGCUGUGGGCUUACGCAACAAAUUAAACAAGUGGAUUUGUCACAUAUUGCACCAAGCACUCCAAAUUCAGCAGUUAAGAGUGUCAUGAAAUUAAAGGUCGAUGAACGACUAAGCAGUGGUAGAGUUGCUAUUUCUACUCCAGUACAAUGUUCCCGCAAAAGAUCAUACGGUGAUACCCCAAAAAAUUUGAAAAGUACUCGGUUUUGUUUACCUACACCAACACGUUCUCCAUCUUUUAUUAAGCGUUCUCAUAUGGAUGAAUUAAUUAUGAGUCCUAUUGCUACACCGUUCUUACCAAAAUUAACUCCAUAUCGAACUCCUAAAUCUUUGAGGAAGGGAAAAAGAGCUAGUGACGGUAGAAUAUUAGGUACACCUUAUUAUUUAGCACCAGAAUUGAUCCAAGGAAUGGAACAUGGAUCUGGAGUUGAUUGGUGGGCAUUAGGGGUUUGCCUAUAUGAAUUUAUGAUUGGAGUUGUUCCAUUUGAAGGAGAUACUGUACAAGAAAUAUUUGAAGACAUUUUACAGCGUGAAUUGGAGUGGCCUUCUGGAGAUCAGACGUUAUCUAGAGAAGCAAUGGAAGCAAUUAAUGGUCUAAUGGCAAUGGAUCAAAAUGAAAGGCUUUCUGGUUCAAAAUUAAGAUCAUCCACUGAGCUUUUUUCAAAUAUUAAUUGGGACAACCUUUUAAAUGAAGUUCCUCCAUUUGUUCCUACACCAGUCAGUAUUGAUGAUACAUCAUAUUUUAUGGCAAGAAAUGAACAACAAAAUAUACAGUUAUCGAAUAUUGACUUAGGGUAAUUUUAUAUAUUCAAGCCUCCAGGUUUCACUAUUAUAUUUUUAAUGUUACCAGUAGGCUUAUAUUAUAAUGUUUUUAUUUUGUGUAACUUAUUAUUUAUUAUUUUAUUUCAAUCAUAAUUUGUUUUUGUAUAUUAACCUAAUUUACUUGCACUUCUUUUUAAUUGAUCAAAACUAGCAUUAUUAUCUAAGUUAGAUAAUAAUAUGAAUGUGUAAAACAUGGAUAAACAGCAGCUUAAAAUUUCUUUCUCUUUUUAUAAUGUAUCUAUUAAGAAUUUUUUAAAAUAUUUUCACUGAACCAGUAUUGAAUAUAUCAAACAUAUACAAUAGAUUUGUUUACAAACCACUUAACGAUUUAUAAGAAAAGAACAUCUUAGGAAAUAAGUUGAAAAAACUAAUAAAUAGUAGGUAUUUAAUUAUUAUGUGCGGCAAAGUAUUAAUGGAAGAGUAUGGCAUAUUCCUGGAAAUGAAUAGCCCAUGUUUAUGCAGAUUACAAUACUUUAAAAAGUUACUUUUUUAUACAGGAUUUUUUUUAUGAAAAUUAAAAAGGUUUUACAUUGGUAAUUUUUUAUUACUUUAGUGUAUCAUCAAAAAAUCAGGAAGAUCAUAAAAUUCUGAAGACCCUAUAUUUAUUUUAAUUUAUAAUUAAUGUCAGUUAUAACAGAUUACUAGUGUAAUAUACAUUAUUUAUAUAAUAAUAUAUAUGUCUUAAGCUGCACACCAUACCAUACCCCCUACCAAAUAUAUGUGCCUAACCACACAAACUCAAUCCAACCAAAUAAAAAACUUUUCAGUAGAAUCUAGGUAGUUAUAACAAGAUUUUUUUUUUACUAAGAUGUACAUGUAGCAUUAGACACAUGCUAAUUAAAGUAAAAAUUAAUUUUUUUUUUUAUUUGACCUUAUUACUGAGAAAGUACAUCCCUUAUUAGUGGUAAAAUAUAAUUUAUCUUGUGUUUAAACUGUCUUAGAAGUAUUUUAACAUUUUACCAUGUAUUCCUCAUAGAUAUACUAUCACAAUCGCACUCUACA